AUGUUCCUGUGGAGAGCAUGCCAUAAUUUGCUACCAACAAAGGCUAAUCUUUUCCGCCGUGGGAUAUGCGAUAAUAAUCUCUGCCCAAUCUGCCAAAGGGAGGAAGAAACAGUAGGACAUGCUUGCUGGGACUGCCCGGCAGCUAAUGACGUUUGGGGAGAAGGCAGUAUUAAACUACAGAAGUGUGUAUCUGGAGGGCGAGAAUUCAUGGAGAUUUUUCAGAUGGUGAAGAACCGCUGCGAGAUGGCUGAGGUAGAGCUUUUUGCGAUAACGGCUCGUCGCAUCUGGAUACGUCGAAAUGAAUACAUCCAUGAAGGAAGCUUCACACAUCCCUCGCAUAUCAUGAGGGAGGCCAACAACGCUCUGGCCUAUUUCCAGAAGAUUAACGACAAGACUGUACAGCAAGGACGACCAGCACCAAAGCCUGAAAGGAUCAAAUGGCAACCUCCACCACAAGGAAGGGUCAAAAUAAAUUGGGAUGCAGCUGUAGAUGGGAAUAACAAAAGUAUUGGGCUGGGGAUCAUAGCUCGAAAUGACAAAGGAUGGUUUCUGGCAGCCUUAUAUGCUGUGACGUUCUGCAGAGAAGAAGGCUACAGGUCGACAAUUUUCGAGGGCGAUGCUUUGCAAGUAGUAAACGAUGUGAACUCAACGAACCAAUGUCAAAGUAUGCAUGGUCAUCUAAUAGAGGAUAUCAAGGUAGCUCUCCAAGCCUUGAACCAAGCAUGCUUUACUCAUGCCAAACGGGAGGCAAAUGCGGCGGCCCAUGCACUAGCUGUUGGAGCUAGAAACCAUGUCAUAGACACGAUGAGGUGGUCUUCCAUACCUUCUUGUAUCUAUGGUAUCGUAAGGAGAGAGGAAUCCUUUCCCUCUUCUUGA